CCACCUAUCUGCAGGGUUUAGACUUCUGCUCCCAACAGUUACCAGCAUUCCCUUCAUCAGUAGCCCUCUCGCGAGUAGAAUUUCGGGUAGAAUUCCCCCCAUUCCGUGUUUAGUCGUUCGUGAAUUUAGCUCCAUGGCAAAGUAGCAGGCAUAAGUAACGCCCGAAUUAUCGCUUUGUCGUUUUAGCGCUUUAUAAAAUUCGCCAUGGCGGAAGGGCGCUGCUCGCAGGAAGCCGACAGCGGCGGCGGAGAGACUGUGUGCGGGCGGAACGACCUGAACCCGGCGCAGCCCGCGCAGCUGUUGAACGCGCGCGAGCUGGGCUGCAUGCGCGGAGCAGCCACGAUGCUCCAAGAACAGGUUCCUAGCGCCAAUUACAAAGGGAAAUCACUAUGCAGAAAGUCAUCGCAGCAGCAGCAGCGCUUGGACGCAGAAGGUGCCGUUUCUAGCGCCAGCGGCGGCUGCGGAAGCAUGUCAAGAGGGGAGGGGGGGGACUGCGCCGCCGAGAGCUUGCGCGAGUUGAAGCGGAGCCGGGGGCAGGGGGACGUUUCUUGCGGGAGGGGAGGGAUGGAAGGAGAGGGAGUUAACGGAGUGAGUGGGGAGAAUCUUGAGGGGGAGGGGGUGUGCUUCCAGCGGGUCGUCGCCAAACGGCAGCGCUGCGAAUCUCCGCCACCGCCGCCGUCCCCCACGCCGUCCUCCCGCGAGUCCGCCGCGAACGCCCCGCCGGAAUGCGUAAUUCCCCGCCCGCCACUGCCCGCAGCCGCGCAGGCGGCGGACAUGACAGCGGGUGGGUGCGCCCCUGGGAGAGGAACAUCCGCCGUGUGUAGCGGAGGCGAAGGCGAAAACGGAGGCGGAGGCGGAGGCGGAGGUGGAGGCGGAUGCGGAGGCGGAGGCGGAGUGGGCGCGCAGAACAACCCCGCGGAAGUGUCAGCGACGGAGGCAUCGUCGUGCGUGUCGCUGCCGCCGCUAGGCAGUUCGGAGCACGCGCCCACUGUCUCCGACUUGUCGCUAGACCACUCCUGUCCCCCUAGACCGUGCGACGAAAAGUCCGCCGACACAAGGCUGUGCCCGCCGCCCGUCGCCGCAAGCCCGCUUUGCGGCGCGGUUUCUGCGCAACCCGCCGUCUCCGCCACUGCUGCGUGCUCCCCUCCCGCGCCCGUCGCGCAUCCACCGCAAGCUUCCGCCGUCUCGUCCCGCCCCGCAUUCGCCGCUACUGCGCCGCCUUGCACCGAGGCGCGGCAAACUCAGUCGGGGGGAGCAAGCGCCGUCCCCGCUCCCGCGCCCGCCCCUCUAGCGGGCUCCACAUGGCAGCGGCUCGACGCAGUGUACCGCGUGGGCCGGCAGCUAGGCUCGGGGCGGUUCGGCGUGGUUCGGGAGGUGGAGAACCGCGCGACGGGCGAGCGGCUGGCCUGCAAGAGCAUCUCGAAAACGCGAAUCGCCGACCCUGAGGAAUGGGACGAAGUUCGGCAGGAGAUUUCCGCCAUGCAGCGGCUGGCGGGGCACCCGAACGUGGUGCAGCUGCGCGGAGUGUUAGAAGACGAGCGCGCCGUGCACGUGCUUAUGGAGCUGUGCGAGGGGGGAGAGCUGUUCGACCACCUGCAGCGCAGCCGGCGGCUGUCCGAGCGCGAGGCGGCGUUCGCGUUUCGGGACCUCGUGCUCGCCGUCGCGUUCUGCCACUCGCAGGGCGUGCUGCACCGCGACUUAAAGCCAGAGAAUAUUCUGCUCGACACGUCGCCCGCUGCUGCGGCUGCUGCUGCGGCUGCUGCCGGUGGCGCUGGGCGUAGUGGCGGCGCGGGAUUCUCCGCGGGUGGUGGAUUUGCGUCCAGUCCUGCUCGGGGACCCGCCCCUGGCGCGGUUGUCAGCUCGGCGCCAGGUUCGGCGCCAGGUUCGGCGACUGGUUCGGUGGGUGGGCCGCCGGGUCCGUGGCAGCAGCAACGGCAGCACCAGGCUCAGGUGCAGAUGCAGAUGCAGCAUCGUCAGACGUCCUUGCAGCAGCAGCAGCAGCAACACCAGCCUCUCGCACAGUACAUGUCUCCUGGUGUGGUGAUCGGACGGCAACAUCAGAUGCAGCAGCAGCAGCUCGCGCCGCUGCGACAAGCCCAGUACCAGAUGGCGACGACGAUGGCGAAGCAGCAGCAGCAGAUGCCGAGUCACCAGCAACGAUUCUCGCACCAGCAGCCACAGCCGUUUCAGCAGCAGCAAUGUCAGCCGCGACAGGCGAGCAGGGAGCAGGGGCAAGUGGAGGAGGGCAGAGGGGGGCAACAGGGUCAGGAGGCGCAGGAAACGCGGGAGGGGCGGGAGACGCGGGAGAAAGAUGCGCGCGCGACGAGCCGUGGCGUGGGUGAUGGCAGCGACGUGGUGAUGCGGAAUGCCGUGGACGGCCAUCCGCCAGCGCCGUGCGCUGAUGCAAGGCGCGCGGAAGGGCAGCUGGCGGAAGGGCAGCUAGCGCGAGCGGAGGGGGAAAUGCGAAUUUCGUCCGCACCCCCUCGUUCCCCGUCCCCCCUUCCCGCCUCUCCCCCCCUCGCCUCCGGUUGCCACUCCCCUCUCGCGCUUCCCCUCGCCGCGCUUCCCCCCCCCGCCUCCGCCGCGCCCAUCACACUCUCCACGUUCUCCCCGCAGCAGCCCGCGCUUCCCCCCAUGGACGAGCUCUCUCUUCCGCCCGCCGCCGCUUCCGCCGCCGCUCCCGAUUCCGCCCUCUGUGGUUCCGCCUCUCCCGCCCAUGCGGCCGCGCGCCGCGCUGGUGGUGCUGCUUCUGACGGCUCCCGCGCCGUUGCGGGUGGCAGCAUUGGUGCUGCUGAUGCUGGUGCUGGUGGCGCCGCGGCGUUUGCGGCUGCGGCGUGUGCGGUGACGCCGGUGAAGAGCUUUGAUGCGUGCGCGAACGAGGUCGCGAGGAGCGUGCUGCCGUCGCCCAGCAAACCCGUGGCUGCACUUGCUGCUAGGGUUUCUUUGGCUGGUGCUGGUGCUGGCGGUGGUGGUGGUGCGGCGUUUGCGGCUGCGGCAUGUGCGUUGACGCCUGUGAAGAGCUUUGACGCGUGCGCCAACGAGGUGGCGAGGAGCGUGCUGCCGUCGCCUAGCAAACCAGUCACUGCAAUAGCUGCUGGGUCUGCUGGGGCUGCUGCUGGCGGCAUGGAGUCCAGCCCAUGUGGAAAGGAGGCGAGCAUGGGACUCGGACUGGGGCUGGCGACGGACAUGGAUGUGGAUGUGGGCGCGGGCAGGGAUAUGGUUGCACGCGGUCGCGGCAUGGUGCCAUCAGCCAUGCGGUCUCUGAACGUGGCGCAGGGGGCGGCGCUGCCGUCGCCCAUCAGGCCGGUCACGGUGCUGCAGGCGCGGCACCGGCAGCAGGAGCACAUGCUGCCGUCGCCCAUCAAACCUAUGGAUCUAGAUGCGCGUCUAGAUGGGCGUCUAGAUGGGCGUCUAGAUGGUCGUCUAGAUGCGCGUCUAGAUCUGGAUCUGGAUGUGGCGCACCAGGCCCGCGCAAUGCUGUCCCCUCUAAGGCCCUUCACUGCCGCCGGCCCUGCUAAUAGUGCUGCUGCUGCUGCUGGUGCUGGUGCGAGCGGGGGUGGCGACGGCGAGACCAGGACUAGAAGGCUGUCCAAGCUCUUUGUUGCGCGAGCUAUCUUCGCGCCCACUGCUCCCACUGCUCCCACUGCUCCCGCUACUGCCGCUACUGUUGUACAUCCUGCUCCCGCCGUUGCUCCCUCCCCUGCCUCAGCCCCGUCUGCUGCUCCCAACCGCUCCCCCUUCCCGGUCCCCAGUUCUCCGUUCCCAGUCGCCGUUUCCGCCCCUGCUCUUCCCCCAGUCUCCUGUGCACCUCAGUUCCUCUCUGCCCAUCCCUCCAGUACCCGCGCCUCUGCCUCUGCUUCUGCUGCUGCCGCUGCCGCUCCAGUUGAGCCCUCCCCUUCCCCCCCCCCCCAAGCUUCCGCCGCCCCCCAACCACCGGUAUUCACCCCCCCUUCCUCCCCCGCCGCUGCUGUCCGCCCCACCCCUUUCGCAUUCGCUUCCGUCCCAUCCUCCCCUCUCCCUUCCAGACCUCCCGCCCACGCCCACACCCACACCCCGUCGCACACCUACUCUCUCCCUCGCAACCACACCCACACUCUCCCUCACACUCCCCACCACCACCCAUCCUCCCACCAACCAGCAAGCCCCCCUUCCCACCCGCGCCCCUUUCCCAUCUCCUUCUCCUCCCCCUCGUCCGCCCCCUCCUCCCCCUGCCACGUCAUCUCCUCCUCCCCCUUCUCCCCCGCUCCCCCCCGCCCUGCUUGGCGGGUAAAGCUUGCGGAUUUCGGGCUUUCGGUGCGGCUGAGGCCAGGGGAGAGUGUGGUGGGGCCUGCAGGCUCGCCUAUAUACAUGGCGCCGGAGGUGAUCUCUGGGUCGUAUGGGUUCCCCGCUGAUGUCUGGUCGCUGGGUGUGAUUCUGUACUCGUUAUUGGCUGGCUAUCCGCCGUUCUGGGGCCCGAAUACAGACGCUAUAUUCGCGUCAGUGAGAGCGUAUUCCGAUGCUGCGAACGCCGCCGCUUCGGCUGCGGCCGCGGCUGCAGCUGCAGCUGGUGGUGGUGGUGGGGGUGGUGGUGGGGGUGGUGGUGGUGGUGGUGGUGGUGGUGGUGGUGGUGGUGGUGGUGGUGGUGGUGGUGGUGGUGGUGGUGGUGGUGGUGGUGGUGGUGGUGGUGGUGGUGGUGGUGGUGGUGGUGGUGGUGGUGGUGGUGGUGGUGGUGGUGGUGGUGGUGGUGGGCUCAUGACCCCGGCUUCCAAAGGAGCAGCAUUGCAAUACAAUCACAAUCACGGUCUCGGCAAUAACAGUCCAUUCACGCACGCCCGACUCCUUGCCAGCCCAGCUCGCAGCCCCUGCCCCUGCCCCUCCCGCUGCCACGGCCGGGCAGCCCUCUCCGCUGCCACCGCUGCCGCUGCCCUCGCUGCCGCUUCCCUUGCUACUGCUCCUGCUCCCGCUACUGCUACUGCACCCUCCGCUCCUGCACCAUCCACCGUCACCAGCACCACCCGACCCGCUUCCUCCUCCUCCGCCUCCGCCUCCGCCUCUGCCUCGUCCUCCUCCCCCCUGGACUUCUCCUCGCCCCCCUGGCCGUACGUGUCAACUGAAGCCAAGUCGCUGGUGCGCUGCCUGCUCAACCCGUGCCCUGGGCGCCGCCCCACCGUGGACCGCAUCCUCACGCACCCCUGGCUGCUGUACCACACGCAGGGGGGGCGCAUCGUCAGGCGGCUUGUCCGGCCCGGUACGCCUGUGGGGUCCAGGACUCCUGGUGGCGGUGGGGGGGGUGGUGGAGGUGGUUCUGUGUCGCUCCCAGCGUCGCCAAUCACAGUGACUCUCGCUGCUCCUGCUCCUGCCGGUGCUGCUGCUGCUGCUGCUUGGCCUGCUGCCGCUGCUACAUGCGUGACGGGUGCUUUCUCGCCUGCUCCUCCUCCUCACCUGCCCGCCUCUGCCUGGCCGUCUCCCAAGCUGGCUCUCUUCCAGCCGGCAGCAGGGAGAGACGGAAGGGAAGGGAGAGAGGGGGACCCUGCUUCGCCUGCCAUGGCGCUUGGGGGGGGGAGUCAGCAGGGGCUGAACCAGCAGUUUGUGAACCAGCACAUUAGGAGCUUGCAGAGCGGGAUUCAGCAUCAGGGGAUGCAGAGUAGCUAUUACCAGCAGCAGCAGCAGCAGCAGCAGUUCCAGAACCAGAAUCACAGCCAGUCACAGCACGAUGCGCAGCAUCACCACCAUCCGCCCUAUAACUCACAGCAGCACCACCAGCAGCACCCCCAGCAGCAGCAGCAGCAGCAGCAGCAGCAGCAGCAGCAGCAGCAGCAGCAGCAGCAGCAGCAGCAGCAGCAGCAGCAGCAGCACCACCACCACCACCACCAGCACCCCCUGCCCCAUGCGCACCUGCAGGCGAGCCUAAGCCACGGGGGCUGCCCUGCGCCCUCCUCGGCGCGGCGUGCGCUCACCGGCAGCCGGCUGCGAAGGGGCGCACACCCGCUGUUCCGAGACAUCUUCGCCGGCGUCACAUCUGCCCCUGCCUCCCCUGCGCUCCCUUCAUCUGCUACACCUGUGGGCUCGCCUGUUGUGGCGGGUGGGGCGGGUGGGGGAUUGCUUACUGGAGUGGGUUCUCCUUUAAUCCCAGGUGCUGUUGGGAGUACGGGCAGCGGCAGCAGCAGUAGUGGUGGCAGUGGCAGCGGUUUUGGCACUACAAGCAAUUCAGGCUAUGCUGGGUCAAGCAGAUUGGGAGCAUCACCAGUGCCACCCGCACAACUGGCGAACCCAGCAGCACCAGCACCAGCACCAGCAGCAGUAGCAGCAGCAGUAGCAGCAGCAGGAUCACAAGCAGCCACAAGCGCGGCAGCAGCAGCAUUUGCGUAUUCCUCGCCUCACACUCUCUCCCUGGACCAGCCAUUGCUCGCAGCUGCUGCUGCACCUGCAGCUGCCCCCCGUCCUGCUGCCCGCACAGCUCCAGACCCCCUGGGGUCACUGGUAGGAUCGGUGACUCAAGGGUUUGUUGUGCAUGGGCAGCGGGAGAGGGGCAGGGAGAGGGAAGAGGCCACUGCGCAUGAGGGCAAGGAGAUGGGUGCGCUGAACAUGCGAGCUUUUAUGCCUGCAAGCUUCCAUGCUGCUGCUGUUGCUGCUGGUGGUAGUAGUGGUGGUGCUGCUGGUGGUGUUUGUAUUGAUGCGGCGACAGAUCAUGCGGCAGCAGCAGGCUCGGCGGGCUUUGCAUGCACAUCCCCGCCUCCGCUUGUAAUCUAGUCUACGGUGGUCCUCCUCUUCUCCACUGCAUCUCGCUUUCCUCCCCUUAUUUCAUUCCCCCUCCGUCCAAUCCAAUGGUUUCCGUAUGUUUUUGUCUUUUCAGUUCUUUAUUAGGGUACUCUGUAGCCUUGUGAGGUAGUAUAAUAGGUGUACUAUCGGUACGUGGCUUUUUAUUUCUAGCCACCCUCGUCUGAUAAGGUAGCUAUCGUCACAGCUGCUCGCUGUAGUCUCGUUGUUGGGUGAUGAUGCUAUGGGUGUCUCCCUAUAAUCGUUCUCUUGAGUUU